UCAUCUAUGCAUUGUAGGUGUUUUCGCAUUUUCAUUCUUCUGUGUGUGUAAGUUUUGUUUACCUAUAACUCGGUUGGCAGUCUGAUAGACCCCAUUUAGCACAUAAUCACACAGCUGUGGCUGACUAAAUGUCUGUGUCUCUACACACGUCUGGAAUCCAGAAGUUUCACUCUGAAGAUCAAAUAAAAAAGUCUGUAUAUAUUCGUCACAUCUCACAUUUUCCUCUCACACAUGAUUUUGAUGGCUACACCACAAUGAUGGAUCUCCUUUGGAUAUCUUCUGAAGGACAGUCUCAGCUGUUUUACCAGUUUAUCAACAUACCAUUUGCAUUUCUGUUUCAUUGCUUAUCCAGUCAAGGACAUCUCUCGAUAAUCAGCAGGUAUGUCUAUUUGGCAAUGGGAGGAUUCAUCCUGGCAAUUGCAACAAUGGGUGCAUAUAGCAUGCUGCUAUUCUUGAGUGCCAUUAAACUUCUGUUACUGAUCCGCUAUAUACAUCCAAUGCAUCUUCAUCGGUGGAUUCUGGGACUGCAGAUGUGUUGGCAAACCUGCUGGCAUUUGUACAUCCAGUACCAGAUAUACUGGCUUCAAGAAGCACCAGACUCAAGGCUUUUACUAUCCAUAUCUGCACUCAUGUUGAUGACCCAGAGGCUUUCCUCUCUAUCACUUGAUUUCCAAGAGGGGACGAUCUCCAGUCAACAGGUCCUUAUUCCAUUCCUAACCUACUCACUUUAUUUCCCUGCUCUUCUUGGAGGACCACUUUGCAGUUUCAAGGCUUUUGUUCAGUCUGUUGAGCGUCAACAAACCAGCAUAACUUCAUAUUUAGGAAAUCUCGCUUCAAAGAUAUUGCAAGUUAUAGUGUUGGUGUGGGUUAAACACCUUUUCAGUGAGCUUUUAAAGUCGGCCACAUUUACCAUAGACAGUGUUGGUCUUGAUGUAUUGUGGAUUUGGAUCUUUUCGCUGACACUCAGACUGAAUUAUUACGCACACUGGAAGAUGAGCGAGUGUGUUAAUAAUGCUGGAGGGUUCGGUGUCUAUUAUCACAAACACAGUGGACAAACAUCAUGGGACGGGCUUUCUGACGGAAGUGUAUUGGUGACUGAAGCAUCAAGUCGUCCUUCGGUUUUUGCGCGAAAGUGGAACCAAACUACGGCGGAUUGGCUUCGAAAAAUAGUCUUCAACAGGACCAGCAGAUCUCCACUGUUCAUGACCUUCGGCUUUUCUGCACUGUGGCACGGUCUUCAUCCUGGGCAGAUUCUAGGUUUCCUCAUUUGGGCCGUCACUGUGCAGGCGGACUACAAACUGCAUCACUUCUUGAAUCCGAAGCUUAACUCCCUAUGGAGAAAACGGCUGUAUGUGUGUGUAAACUGGGCCUUUACUCAGCUGACCGUCUCGUGUGUUGUGGUCUGUGUGGAGCUUCAGAGUUUGGCUUCAGUAAAGCUGCUCUGGUCUUCGAGUAUUGCUGUGUUUCCACUGCUGAGUGCUCUGAUCACAAUAAUCCUCUGAGCAAUGUAAUAAUACUGUUGAAUAUGUUCAUGUUAUACAUUUGCAUUAAACUUAAAUGGUCUAUUACAGAGUUAAAAAUGCUGGGUUCCACCCAAUUCCUUCAACACAAACCGAUGAAUUCAGUUCAAUCCAUCUUUAUUUCUGAAGCGCUUUUACAAUGUAGAUUGUGU